GGGUUUUGGCGGUUGCAGUCGCGCUCCGCAGCCCCAGCGAGAGGACGUGCGGGCGGGAAACACCCUUGUUUAUGACAUAAACUGUGUUUAGUCUCUGGUGUCUUUGUCGAACAUAUACUGCAAUGUCGACCUGCCGCAUGGCAGCGUGCGUGGCGGUGCUGGGCGCGGUGUGCUGCGCCCUGCCUCACACCGUGCUGGCGCUUGACCUCAACCGGCUCUACGGACACCACACUAAGCGCUCCGAGUAUUGUCACCCGUACGAGCCGUUCAAGUGCCCAGUGGACGGCAAUUGCAUCUCGAUCCAGUACCUCUGCGACGGGGCUCCCGACUGUAUUGACGGCUACGAUGAAGACUCCAAGCUGUGCACUGCAGCUAAACGUCCACCCGUCGAGGAGACGGCGUCGUUCCUGCAGUCACUGCUGGCGUCACACGGGCCCAACUACCUCGAGAAGCUGUUCGGCAGCAAGGCGAGGGACGCCCUGGAACCGCUCGGUGGCGUCGAGAAAGUGGCUAUCGCUCUGUCUGAGUCGCAAACCAUUGAAGACUUCGGUGCGGCUUUACAUCUGAUGCGAUCAGAUUUGGAGCAUCUUCGUUCCGUAUUCAUGGCUGUCGAAAAUGGUGAUCUUGGCAUGCUGAAGUCUCUCGGCAUCAAGGACUCGGAGCUUGGCGACGUCAAGUUCUUCCUGGAGAAGCUAGUAAACACUGGCUUCCUCGACUGAAUAGCGCCGGAGUCUGCCUCUGAUUAUUAUCGUGUCGUCCAAUUCGCCCCCAUCAGUUCUUCAUUCUACAGCUACCUUCCUUACGAUCCCAACAGAUAUAACAAGAAAUAACGUUUUCAUUCCCAUGUGAGAUUGGUGUGAUAUGAGUGAGGUUUUUAACAGUUUUUAGAGAGGAGCUUGCCGGACGUCGGAUGCCGACUUCUACAACCGGCCACGUAGACUCGACUCGGAUCCCGACGACCUCUUCUCGUCUGCUUUUACAGCUUUAGAUAGUCAAAAAAAGCAAUUAAUUUCGUUAUCGCCCUAGGAUAGGUAUAUUUUAAUAAAGUAAUUUCUUUAGGUUUAAAACCUAAAAGUCCAUAAUUUUUUACAAAACCGGAUAAUCCGCGAAAAGCUAUGCGGUCUGGUACUCGCGUCCCCCGCCGCAGAGUGCAAGCACGUUAGAAAGAGCGAAAGACUGCAACUUUGUUGUCGUCUACUGUAUGGAUGUAUUGGGAUAUACUUUGGAGGCACUAGUGCGGUGAAAAAAGGCAUAGCUUGUCGCGGUCGUAUGGAUGCUUGUAAUCUGAAUGUCGCCCUCAUGUAGUUGUACCCUAUUCUUUUCUACCUACGAAGUCAGAGGCGACUCCUAGUGUCAGCGUCCAUUCUAAGCGAGAUAUAAAGCUAAACGUCGGUCGAUUAUGUUCGAGUGAUAAUGCCCUUAGAUUAUAAAAUAUUAAGAAUCGUUGAAAGAAUGCAUGCGCUUUAUAUCUGGCUUUUGGAAAAAUCCAGAAUAGGACCAUGGAUACAUAUCAUUGUAACUUAGUCUAGAUGAAACAUAUCAUAGAAUAAUACUGAGUAGUAGAUAAAGUACAAUUAUUUUAAUAUGAUCGGUAUUGUAGUGUUUAUGAAACAUUUUACUGUCUCAAUAUAUGUAGUUUAAGAAAUUAUGUAGAAUUUCGUCAAAUUGUCAUCAUUAGAACAUAUCAAUUUUAUCAAGGAAAGCAUAAGGUGCUGCACCAAUCCCGAAACAUAUCAAAACUAUGUGAUUGUAUAAUUAGAUGUUAGAGUAUUAUAUGGUGUGUUAUUGCCAACUUUGGCUGGACUUGGUUCUUUAUUGUACCAAUACUAGACAUAUAAAGUAGUUGAAAAUUAAUAAUUAUACUUAAAUCAUCCUUUACAAUCUUUGACACUACAUUUAAAAUCUACCGUGUUAUUUUUACGCCUAAGUGUAAACUUUGUAGGUAAUAAAACUCAUGUCAAAUGCGGGCUAAAGAAACAACGAAUUAAGUUUUAAAAAACUUCAGUUGCCAAGAACCCGCCUCGCGGGUCGCUCUAGACGAAGCUUGGCACUGAAAGUGUUGUACCAUCAACACACUUCGUAGAUUGUUAUCAAGUUGUGCUAGUCUGUCAUCUGACUGCACUAUAAAGUAUGUUGCCGGUAUCGGCUGUAUCAAGCAGGGAUGUUGCGGAUGCCGAUUUUUUGACAUCCGCGGAUGCGGAUGCGGAUGCGGAUGUCGAGAUUAGGCACAUAAAAAACGUCGAAUAUUACACUAGUAAUUUUUAUUAAAAAAAACGAAUCUUUUAGUAUUUAAAUAAGAAUAUAAGUGCCCCAUCAUCGCAUUACUAUACUAAAGUCCAAAUAAAACAAACUUUUCACUUCUUGUCGCUGUCCGUCAUAGGCUAAAGUGCUCGAUCGACGAAUCACAAAAACGAAACGGGAUUCCUAUUGGCUAAUGACGAAAUUACCUAGCACUUACGCCGGGCAAGACCUCCCUGUACCUACCUGUUCCACAUCCGCAUCCGCAUUAAGCUCCGCAUCGAUUUUAUGCGGAUGCGGAUGUUGAAAAUAAUGCGGAAGUUCCGCGGUUGCGGAUGCGGAUGCGAAUAUUCGCAACAUCCCUGGUAUCAAGAUGUUGAAAAAAAGAUUGAUAGUUUAAGAUAAAUUACUGAAGACGCUUAACAUUUGAUUAACGGUUAAUUUAACAAUUAUACCUUUAAUUGAGAUGGCAAACAUAGAAGAGCAGCUAUGGGUUACUCCUGGAUAGACAAAAAAGCCUGUAUUUGCCAGAAGUUGUAUGAACUGGGUUCUAACAAGGAUACCUGUCUAAUUUCCACCGAACAUAAACUAUUUAUAGAACCACGCCCGGUCUCCACUAGUUUCAACUAAUCUUAAUCUUAGACUAAGUUCGUAUUAGCAUAAGGUGUAAGGGAUUUUCGACUUUAGUGUUUCACAUAAUAACUUGCAUCAGAUCUCUAUUUAGUCUGUAUGAUUCUACAAAUGGCGAACUUUGAGCUCUGUUAGUUAGUUACGUGUUUUGAAACUAAGUAUAAAUACAUGGCUUAUUGUUCUAAAAUGAGAAAUAAAUACAUUAUCUUGAAA